CUAGCAACCAAUAUGUAUUAUUACAGUAUAUUUCUAGUUUUGGUUGUAAUCAACUUCGCAUGGUCAGCCCCAUCUAUACGGACGGAAACAGAUCCGGAGCUGACGGCUGGAUUUAUUGAGGGUGAUAUGGUGCCCAGUGGAUCCUCGAGAAAUAUUUGGCGCAAUGAAACGUAUAGAUGGCCCAAUCGCAUCGUCUAUUAUCACAUUAAUAGCUAUAUUGAUGAAGAACACCGUAACCACAUCGUGAGCGCUAUUCAGAAAAUUGAAUCCAUUUCCUGCCUGACCUUUAAAGAGGCCACCACUGAUCAGAAGUAUUAUGUAAAUGUGACUUCCGAGGAGGGCGGUUGUUUUUCCUACAUCGGUUAUCUGAACCGCGUUCAACAACUGAAUCUCCAGAACAACGAAAUAGGGGUCGGAUGUUUCCGCUUGUAUACGAUUGUACAUGAGUUCCUGCAUGCCCUUGGAUUUUUCCACCAGCAGAGUGCCGCCGAUCGAGAUGAUUAUGUGAAAAUUGUGGAGGAGAAUAUCACCGAAGGCAUGGAGUUUAACUUUGAUAAAUAUGCCGAGGAAACCGUCAACGAUUUUGGUGAAAAAUACGACUAUGGCAGUGUAAUGCACUAUGGUCCCUAUGCAUUUUCCAAGAACGGCGAGAGGACAAUAGUGGCUCUGGAGGAAGGAAAGGAAGAUGUAAUUGGCCAGAGGCUGGAGCUGAGUGAAACCGAUAUCAGAAAGCUAAAUGCCAUGUACAAAUGCCCCUCCGCCAGAAAAUGA